UAGCAGUGAUUCAAAAAGUGGUCAUUACUUAUUAACAUUCGAUAAUGAUGCGGGGAACUCUUUUGUUUAAAAAAAGAAAAAAGUAAAAAUCGUGACAAAAUAUAAAUAUUUAUGGUCGUGGUUAUGUCAUGUUUGGUUGGGCGCCUUAUCUCUUAUUCUUCACAAGCAAAAAUAAAGUCUUGCAGUUGAUGCGGUUCGUUAGACUCCACAAACGACGGAUAGCAAAGCAACAUGAAGGUGGGAUUGGUGGGAGUGGUUCACAGAACUCCUUGUCCUACUUCACUCCCUCUCCGCCACGUUAGAACCAGGGUUUCAUGUUCUUCUUCCUCUGGCCAUAUAUCAUUCAUUAAAGAUGUAGCUGCCACUCAACCACCUGAGAAUCUUCAUCACUUGCUUAAAAUGCUUCAAACUAGAGGUGAAACCAUACUUUCUCCAGGAUCAAGGCAUGGGUUAAUCCCCCUUGCCAUUCCUCUUUCAGAAAAUUUUUCAGGUGAUGUAACUGCUUUGCUGCGGUGGCCAACAGCUCCACCAGGAAUGGACAUGCCAAUUGUGGAAGUUCGCAAGCACGGGGUGUGGCUUUUAGCCAACAAUGUAGAUCAAUAUAUUCAUCGAAUCCUAGUUGAAGAAGAUGCCAACGAAUUACAUGGAAGUAAUGGUGAAUUAUUUCUUGCUUCAUCUGAGGCUGGCAAGAAACUCUAUAAUAGGGGUGAUUUUGCUGAAUCGCAGAUCUCUAAUCUUGAUGCAUAUCUCUUAAAAAAGGUUGGACUGUUUCCAGAUUUGUUGGAGCGUAAAGUUUUGCGACAUUUUGAGGAAGGGGAUCAAGUUUCAGCUUUGGUGACAGGGGAAUUCUAUACAAAGAAGGACCUCUUUCCAGGAUUUGGAAGGCCUUUUGUAUUUAAUGCAGAGAUUUUACUUAAAGUAGGGCGCACAUCAGAAGCAAAAGAUUCUGCAAGGGUGGCUUUGAAAUCACCAUGGUGGACUUUAGGUUGUGCAUAUCAGGAUGUAGCCGGCAUUGCACAAUGGGAUGAUGAGCAAAUUGAAUACGUCAAAGAGAAGGUGACUGAAGAAGGUAGACGAGAAGACUUGAAGAAAGGGAAGGCCCCUGCCCAGGUUGCAUUAGAUGAGGCUGCUUUUCUGUUGGAUUUAGCUUCUAUUGAGGGAAACUGGUGUGACCAUCUGGACCGCAUUGCAAAAUGUUACAAAGAAGCUGGUCUCAAUGAAAUUGCAAAUUUUAUUUUGUCUAGAGAUUGACGAGAAACCGAUGGUCGAGAAAUUGCCAAAUUUUGAAUGACUAUUCAGAUAUGGAGGAAUAAAUUUUUUCAUUUAUUUUUUGAGAAACAC